GAUGAUGGUUGUACACAGCCUCGUUGUGAAAUAAAGAUGGCGGAUGCGGGCACGUCCUAUCUCUCUGACGGAGCGCUGCGCAGAAUUGUCGGAAGUGAAACCUGGGGCCUUGUUUACUACGAGGCUGGGCGGAUGGAUUAAGACUACAAAAUCCUAAAAAUCAAGACAAUGGAAUCUAGGACUGUGCAGAGCAAGAAUCCAGCUAAUUCUGAAGAGUCACCAGGUAUGGUGGGCUUAGAUGAACCUAAAAAAAUGACAAGGGAAGACUGGAGGAAGAAGAAAGAAUUAGAAGAGCAGAGAAAGCUUGGAAAUGCACCAGCUGAAGUGGAUGAAGAAGGAAAAGAUAUCAACCCACACAUUCCUCAGUAUAUAUCAUCUGUACCUUGGUACAUCGAUCCUUCCAAAAGACCUACACUCAAGCACCAAAGGCCACAACUUGAAAAGGAGAGAAAAUUCAAUUCAAUUGGAGACUGGUACAAGAAAGGUGUAAAGGAGGGUCCUGUUGUCACCAAGUACAGGAGAGGUGCAUGUGAAAACUGUGGAGCAUUAACACAUGGGAAAAAAGAUUGCAUGGAAAGACCUAGGAAAGUGGGAGCAAAGUUUACAGGUAUCAACAUUGCUCCAGAUGAACAUGUGCAACCAACUUUUUCAUUUGACUAUGAUGGAAAACGUGAUCGUUGGAAUGGCUAUGAUCCAGAGGAUCACAUGAGGAUUGUGGAGGAAUAUUCAAAAGUAGAUUUGGCCAAGAGAACCCUGAAAGCUCAGAAAUUGCAGGAAGAGCUGGCAUCUGGGAAGUUAGUGGACUACGUGAACUCUUCAAGACGUCAGAGGGGAGAAGAGGAUCAUGAUUCAGCAGAGAAAGACAACAGUGAAGAUGAAGAUGAAGAUAAGUAUGCAGAUGACAUUGAUAUGCCUGGACAGAACUUUGACUCAAAGAGAAGAAUUACAGUUAGAAAUCUACGUAUUCGUGAGGACAUUGCAAAAUACCUGAGGAACUUGGAUCCAAAUUCAGCAUAUUAUGAUCCAAAAACGAGAGCGAUGAGGGAGAAUCCCUAUUCCAACACUGGCAGAAACCCAGAUGAAGUUGGCUACGCAGGAGAUAACUUUGUACGAUACACGGGUGACACCGUUAAAAUGGCACAGACACAAUUGUUUGCCUGGGAGGCUUAUGAGAAAGGUUCAGAGGUUCAUCUCCAAGCUGAUCCUACGAAACUUGAAGUCCUUCACCAGUCAUUCAAGGUUAAGAAAGAAGAGUUUGAGAAACAACAGAAAGGAAGCAUAUUAGAGAAGUAUGGAGGUCAGGAGCACCUAAAUGUUCCACCACGUGAACUGCUGCUAGCUCAAACAGAGGAUUAUGUGGAAUAUUCAAGACAUGGUGCUGUCUUAAAAGGCCAAGAGAAAGCAGUCGUACGUUCUAAGUAUGAAGAGGAUGUCCUGAUUGGUAAUCACACGUCUGUUUGGGGCUCCUACUGGAAGGAAGGGAAAUGGGGGUACAAGUGUUGUCACUCAUUUAUCAAGACAUCUUAUUGUACAGGAGAAAAAGGAAAACAGAUCGCUGUGGAAGAUAAAUCUGAAUUUCCAAGUGAGAUCCCCAGUUCUAACCAAGAAGCAUAUGAAAGCAUACCAAAAACUUUAGUGGAGAUUCAUAAAGAAAAGCUUAAAGAAAGCAAUAAGAAAAAGAAGAAACACAGAAAAAGUCAUGGUUCAGACAGUGAAGAUGAAGAAGCAAAGAAGCAAGAAAAAUUGAAAAAGGCCCUGGUUGCUGAAGAAGCUCGUUUGAAGCAAGUUGAACAAAUUUUGCAAAUUGAUGAACGUAAGCGAGGUUACAACAGCGUACAUGAAAUAAAAGAACCUACAGAAGAAGAAAUGGAGGCAUACAGAAUGAAACGUCAAAGACCAGAAGAUCCAAUGGCUUCUUUCCUUGGAAAGUAAUGUAUGACUUCUAUCAAGGUUAAAUAAUUGAACGUUCCCAGAACCUAUGAACAGCAGUGCUACAAAAGGUUGAUUUGUCAGAUCUCCACAAGCUGAAAAUAAAAUUCCAUUUUUGAUUAAUGUAUAAUGAAUUCAGUAUCUCUUUUUGCAAAUGCUGAAUAUUUUGCAGUGUUCCCUGCUUGGAGAAACUGGUAGUGUUCAUCUCUUCUGGAUUUGGUUUGGUUUGGCAAAUAGUUUUCUACUAUUUAAGGAUUUGUCAUUUUAAUAUGCUUGUUUGUAGAGUGUCAAGAACUUGCAGUCUUCAAGUAAUUUGAAUUAUUCAGUUUAUAGUCUGUUAUAUUGAACUUGCAUGGGUAUGAUGGGCCAAAUGACCUCCUUUAUUUGCCAUAAUAAUUUAAACACAUGACUCAUGCAUAUGCUAACUCAAGGUUAAAAGCCUGCAGAUUCAAUUCUUGCUUUGCCAUAAGCUCUGUAACCAUACAAUUUCAGAUAUGACUAUUUUCAAAUGUUUAAUUUUCUUUUUGAUCACUUAUUUAAAAGGUACUGUAUUUCUUUGCACAUUUUCUAUGUAAAGUUUUUUUUUACACCAUCUUGAAAUCAAACUUUUAAGAUUUGUCCUUAUUGACAAUAAAAUCUGCAUUGACUGCAAGAAAUCUAAGAAAAAGGAUUAUGUACUUUUUGAUGCUGGUUAUUAAGAUCCUCUCUUCUCUUCCAUGUUCCUGAUUUGAAACCCGUUUACCAGCGUAAUUCUUAAGUAGACCAUUUUAAGAAAUUUUUAAUAUGAUUUAAUUCUUCAAGCCUGACUUCCUAUCCCUGUUGGAAACUACUUCUGAUUUUUUUUACUUGUGACAUCACUGAUGGAAACUGAAAUUUGGAAAUUUCUUGAAUUGCAGUUACAAGGUUACCCACCAGUGUGUCCCCCAUGACGGAACCUAUGAACUGAAGAACAUGUUUUGAGCAUUCACCCUGAUGGCUUUUGCAAUUAACAUGCUGAGGAGCAGGCAAUUUGUAGUGGCAGUACACUGUUUAAUAAACACAGACAAUUGUUGACCAAAGAGGAAAGAAUCAUGCACAGUUGACCUUCAAAGUAAUUAAUUUGGAGGCCAAACUUUAUUUUUGGUGUGGGUUGAAUGGAAUGGACAGUUGCUACUAUACAGCCCCUACCUCAACCGCAUACAAUUUGCUGAACAUCCAAUGGCCACUUUCCUACUGAAGACACUCAAUAGAGAUAAGGAACAGAGAAUCUGGCUAGCUAUUUUAUUUUUCUUUGCUUCCUGUGUAAUCUUGUAUUCAAACCCACCGACUGUCUCCAUAAUAUUUCAUCCUUCAGCUCUCCUUUAGUCAGAAAGGAAAUUCAGUUGAGAGAUAGCAAGAACCGCAGAUGCUGAAGGUCAGGCAGUCUCAGAGGAGUAGGAGUAUCAACAUUUCAGGCCGAGACUCUUCGCCAGGACUGGGGAGGGAGCUGGGAAAUAAAUAGUGGAAAGAGGCCUGGGACAGUGAUUGGUGCAUGCAGGUAGGGAUAGUGGGGAUUGGUCAGUGGGAAUGGUGGGGUGGAUAGGUGGAGAAGGAGAUGGACAGGAAGUGUCAAGUCAAGGAGUCCGGGAUGAGAGGGAGGGAUUGGACAUGGAAUGAAGCUAAGGGGUGGGUAAAUUUUAAAACUGGUGAAUUCUAUGCUUAAGCCAUCGGGCUGUAGGCUCCUGAGGUGGAAUAGGAAGUGUUGUUCCUCCAGUUUGUUUGAGGCACCAGAGGAGGCCCAUGAUGGACAUGUCACAGAAGGAGUGGGAGGGAGAGUUAAAAUGGUUAGCACCUGGAAGGUGUCAUUGAUUAUAGUGUAUGGAGCACAGGUACUCCACAAAUCUGUCACCAAGUCUACGUUUAGUCUCACCAAUGUAGAGGAGGCCCCAUCGGGAUCAACGGAUACAGUACACAAGGUUGGAGGAUGUACAGGUGAACCCCUGUUGGAUAUGGAAAGUUUUAUCUUGAGCCUUGGAUGGAGGUGAGAGGGGAGGUUUUGGGGCAUGUGUAGCCCCUAUUGGAGUUGCAGGGAAAGGUGCUGAGUGUGGUGGGUUGGUGGGGAGUGUGGAGCGGAUGGGGGAGUCGCAGACUGAACAGUCCUUACUAAAGGCAGAUAGGGGUGGGGAGGGAAAUGUCUCUUUAGUGGGAUCCCUACACCUUCUAGUCGCUAACCAUUUCACCUCCCCCCGCCCACUUUCUGGGUCACAUGUCCAGCCUGGGCCGCCUCCAGUGCCACAAUGACGCCACAUGCAAACUGGAGGAACAACACCUCAUAUUUCGACUUGGGAGCCUACAGCCUGAUGGUCUAAACAUGAAGUUCACCAGUUUCAAAAUCUCCCGACCCCCUUGCCUCAUCCAAUCUCCAAACCUCCCUCUCGUCCCCACCUCCUUGACCUGACACUACCUCUCCACCUCCUUCCCCACCUAACUGUCCCACCAUUCCUACUAACCAAUCCCCACUACCCCUACCUGUAUCCACUUAUUGCCAUCCCACCUUCCUUCCCCCAGCCCACCCCUCUUCCCUCUAUUUAUUUCCCAGCUCCCAGCUCCCUUCCCCCUCCCCAGUCCUGAAGAAGGGUCGAGGCUCAAAACAUCGACUCUCCUACUCCUCUGCUGCCUGAUCUGCUGUGUUCCUCCAGUUGCACACUAUUAUCAAAUCCAUUUGAGACAUUUUGUGAAAUGAAUCAGGAAAGACAAUUUUCAUUUGUUAAGAGGAUAUAAGUUUAGUACGUUCCCAUAAUGAAGGAAUGCUUAGUUUUCUGAUGGGCCAUUCAGACAUGCAAUUAGAUAAAUGAUUGAAUAAGUAAAAAUAAAUGUCAUGUAAUGAUAAGAGAAUGGGACUGGAAUACAUUAUUAUUUCAGAAAGCUUGUGAGAGCGAUGGAGCUUUUUUUAUUCUUCCUCCUGACAUAGAAUAACAUUUUACAAUGAAGUCAACUGCAGGCUUGUUUCUCUGAUGCAAGCUUGUUUCUCUGAUGCAAGCUUUGUGUUGUCUUUGGAUACCAAGGUAUUGUCAGGUAUUAUUGUAAGGCAUUACAGCAGCUCACAGUCCUGAUUGUGCUUCUUGCGAGCUCCUUGUAGUAAGUACACAGUGGUUAUUUUAACUCAAGGUAAACCAUUUUAAAUAAAUUAAUAAAUGUGUACUAGACUGCUACUUUAAGUUAUCAACUAGUUGGCAGAGAAUCGCUGGAAAUGUCUAUCUAUUUCAUCUGAACAUCUUGGAAUCAACAUGUAAGACAGACAAUACAUAAUAUCCACAUUUCUUUAUUGAGGGUUGUUGAUUAAAGGUAGAUUGUAUGCAACAUUGUCGAAGACAAAUCUUAAUAUCAGACCAUAAAUUGCUCAUAUCUACAUUUGCCUGACAUAGAGUUAAAUGAAGGCUGAAGAUAUCAAUUUUCUGUUUUACAGUUUGCAUUCCAUGAUAAUUGUAUCUCAUUUUUUGAUUGUUUAGCUUGUUUAUUUUUCUUUAUUAUGAACAAUAAAUUAUUAAAAUGUUCACAACAAUUUUUUUUCUAGCCUAUAGGUAAUCUCACAAAAGCAUUGAGAUUGCAGUGUUUUAAAGUGAGAAAUCAUUGGAGUUUAAUUUUCUGUUUUUCUUUCUUUAUUAGUUUCCAUUGAACUCUGUUUUGUGCAGCGAUUUAAACCCUUCGUGUGAUUCCAUGUGUGGCCAACCUUCACUAAAUUACAGAUCUAUUCCAUUUGAGUUUUCUUGUCUGUAAACUGUUGUUUUUCUUUGUUUUAAGAGUAUGACUCUAAUCUUCAGUGUUUCAAAUUGGUGGUUAUUUUGAGAAUAAGAAGGAGCAUCAAUGAGGCAACAUGAUCAAUUUGAUUGCCACUGUGCAUCACAUCUUUUUAAAACCACCUCGCAGCUCUCAGUGCUUAAUCACCCAGAUUUUGUGGCCGUGACAAGACAUGACGAAUGUCACCAUGGACUUUCGUCAAUCCUGUAAAACAGACAGAAGCUCUUGGGAGUCUCAAGAACACAGUUCAAUGCAAAAAUAUUGAAAAUACUGCCAACAAUUUGUACGUUUCAUAGGAUAUGCUGUUGAUGUAUGGAGAUUUCAACCAAUUCUUAAUCGAUGACCUAAUGAGAACUUUCCCUUCUAUACUGAAAUAUCACUGUUUAAAAAGAUCUUAAAGGUUUCACCUUUUCAAUGUAGAUCAACUGCACUGACCACAAGUUUGAGAUGAAUAUCUUGUCUUGAAAUCUUAGUGAAGUACUGAACGCUUUAAAUAUUUAUGGUAGGUUACAUUUAAUAAAGCUGUUUCAGAUCUUUAAA